GAUGAAGAAGCUGUGGUGGAUCAGGGUGGGACCAGCACAAUUCUCAACAUUCACUAUGAGAAGGAGGAGUUGGAAGGUCACAGAACCCUGUAUGUGGGUGUUCGGAUGCCGCUGGGCCGGCAGAGCCAUCGGCACCACCGCACCCACGGCCAGAAGCACCGGAGACGAGGGCGGGGAAAAGGAACCAGCCAGGGGGAGGAUGAUGGCCUGGAAGCCCUGGCCCACGACACACCAUCUCAGCGUGUUCAGUUCAUUCUUGGCACUGAGGAAGAUGAAGAACAUGUGCCUCAUGAGCUGUUCACAGAGCUGGAUGAAAUCUGUAUGAAAGAGGGAGAGGAUGCUGAGUGGAAGGAGACAGCCAGGUGGCUGAAGUUUGAAGAAGAUGUUGAGGAUGGGGGAGAACGCUGGAGCAAGCCUUAUGUGGCAACUCUUUCAUUGCACAGUCUCUUUGAGCUAAGGAGCUGCCUUAUUAAUGGAACAGUCCUUCUGGAUAUGCGUGCAAAUAGCAUAGAAGAAAUUUCUGACCUGAUCCUAGACCAACAAGAACUGUCCAGUGACCUGAAUGACAGCAUGAGGGUUAAAGUGCGAGAAGCCCUUCUCAAAAAACAUCAUCAUCAGAAUGAAAAGAAGAGAAACAACCUCAUUCCCAUAGUUCGCUCCUUUGCUGAGGUUGGAAAAAAACAGUCUGAUCCACAUUCAAUGGAUAAAAAUGGUCAAACUGUGUCUCCUCAGUCUGUUCCAACUUCACAUCUUGAAGUAAAAAAUGGAGUGAAUUGUGAACACAGUCCUGCGGAUUUAAGCAAGGUGGACCUUCAUUUCAUGAAAAAAAUUCCCACUGGGGCAGAGGCCUCAAAUGUCCUGGUUGGAGAGGUGGAUACUUUGGACCGCCCCAUUGUUGCCUUUGUGAGGCUGUCUCCAGCUGUUCUUCUCUCAGGCCUGACAGAAGUGCCAAUCCCAACAAGAUUUUUGUUUAUCUUAUUGGGUCCAGUAGGGAAAGGUCAGCAGUACCAUGAGAUUGGCAGAUCCAUGGCCACCAUUAUGACAGAUGAGAUUUUUCAUGAUGUGGCAUAUAAGGCAAAAGAGCGAGAUGAUCUCCUGUCAGGGAUUGAUGAGUUCCUAGACCAGGUGACGGUGCUCCCUCCGGGGGAGUGGGACCCCACCAUUAGAAUUGAGCCACCCAAAAACGUUCCUUCUCAGGAGAAAAGGAAAAUGCCUGGAGUUCCAAAUGGAAAUGUUUGCCACAUAGAACCAGAACCACAUGGGGGUCAUAGCGGGCCAGAACUUCAGCGCACUGGGCGGCUCUUUGGGGGCUUGGUGCUGGACAUCAAGAGGAAGGCCCCUUGGUACUGGAGUGACUACCGGGAUGCACUUAGCUUACAGUGUUUGGCCUCCUUUCUGUUCCUGUACUGUGCCUGCAUGUCACCUGUCAUCACCUUUGGGGGAUUGCUCGGAGAAGCCACUGAGGGACGCAUAAGUGCAAUUGAAUCCUUGUUUGGAGCCUCCAUGACUGGAAUUGCCUAUUCCUUGUUUGCGGGACAAGCUCUCACUAUCUUGGGAAGUACUGGGCCAGUGCUCGUGUUUGAAAAGAUUUUGUUCAAAUUCUGCAAAGACUACGCUCUUUCAUACCUCUCCCUGCGAGCUUGUAUUGGACUGUGGACCGCUUUCCUGUGUAUUGUCCUUGUGGCAACUGAUGCCAGUUCUCUUGUCUGCUACAUUACCCGAUUCACUGAAGAAGCAUUUGCCUCCCUAAUUUGCAUUAUUUUCAUCUAUGAAGCAAUAGAAAAGCUGAUUCACCUGGCAGAGACCUACCCCAUCCAUAUGCACAGCCAGCUGGACCACCUUAGCCUCUAUUACUGCAGGUGUAGUCUCCCAGAGAAUCCGAACAAUCAUACCUUGCAGUACUGGAAAGAUCACAACAUCGUGACAACAGAAGUCCCCUGGGCUAACCUGACUGUCAGUGAAUGCCAGGAAAUGCAUGGAGAGUUCACGGGAUCUGCAUGUGGCCAUCAUGGACCCUAUACUCCUGAUGUGCUCUUUUGGUCUUGUAUUCUCUUCUUUACCACCUUCAUCCUCUCAAGCACCUUGAAGACGUUUAAGACAAGCCGCUAUUUCCCAACCAGAGUACGCUCCAUGGUGAGUGACUUUGCUGUUUUCCUCACUAUCUUCACAAUGGUGAUUAUUGAUUUUUUGAUUGGAGUCCCAUCACCAAAGCUUCAAGUUCCCAGUGUGUUCAAGCCAACAAGGGAUGAUCGAGGGUGGAUUAUUAAUCCCAUCGGCCCCAAUCCCUGGUGGACUGUGAUAGCGGCGAUUAUCCCAGCUCUUCUCUGCACUAUCUUGAUAUUCAUGGACCAGCAGAUCACAGCUGUCAUCAUUAACAGGAAGGAGCAUAAGCUCAAGAAAGGCUGUGGCUACCACCUGGACCUACUGAUGGUGGCCAUCAUGCUGGGCGUCUGCUCCAUCAUGGGCCUCCCCUGGUUUGUGGCUGCAACUGUCCUGUCCAUCACACAUGUGAACAGCCUCAAGCUGGAAUCUGAGUGCUCUGCUCCUGGUGAACAGCCCAAGUUCUUGGGCAUUCGAGAGCAGAGAGUAACAGGCCUUAUGAUCUUUGUGCUGAUGGGCUGCUCAGUCUUCAUGACUGCUAUCUUAAAGUUUAUUCCGAUGCCAGUACUCUAUGGAGUCUUCCUCUACAUGGGAGUUUCUUCACUACAGGGAAUUCAGUUCUUUGAUCGUCUGAAGCUCUUUGGGAUGCCCGCAAAGCACCAGCCAGAUUUUAUCUACCUGCGGCAUGUGCCGCUGCGCAAAGUACACCUUUUUACCCUCAUCCAGCUGACCUGCCUCGUCCUGCUCUGGGUCAUCAAGGCAUCGCCAGCUGCCAUUGUUUUCCCAAUGAUGGUCUUGGCCUUGGUCUUUGUCAGGAAAGUCAUGGAUCUCUGUUUCUCUAAGCGAGAGCUGAGCUGGCUAGAUGAUCUGAUGCCUGAGAGCAAAAAGAAGAAGUUGGAUGAUGCCAAAAAGAAGGCCAAGGAGGAAGAGGAGGUUGAGAAAAUGUUAGAAAUUGGGGGAGACAAGUUCCCCUUAGAGAGCAGGAAGUUACUGAGUAGUCCUGGAAAGAACAACAGUUUCAGAUGUGACCCCUCUGAGAUUAAUAUAUCUGAUGAAAUGCCUAAAACCACAGUCUGGAAAGCUCUCAGUAUGAAUUCUGGAAAUACAAAGGAAAAGAGAGCCUUUGCUGGAAUGGAAGAUUUUGGCCAUGAGGUGCCUCAGGGAAGUUCUGGUUACAGAGAAAAUGGCAAAUCUCAGAGAAGAAGCAAGACCAAGUCUGGUUCUGUCCUUGGUCAUCUCAAAGCCAUUCCGAAGCAUUCAGUUAUUCUUGGUGUGCAUUGGAGGGCAUCCAGCUAUCCCCAUACCAGCAACCAAUCACCAGAUGUGAAUGUGGAAGCAGAAGACCACCACCUGUUGAUUGAGUUCCUUGUGUUUACAGACAUCAGAAACUCCAACCGAGCACUGCACUAUUACCAACACGUUGAGAACGGUAAGACUCGGCACUGA